UUUGAUUGUGUUCCCUUCUAGGUUCUGCCUGUUCUAAAGACAGCAUCCUGCACUGUCCUCAUCCCGCCCUGGUGAUAAGGGCUGUUACCAUCAGGAGAGCAGACACCCUGGGUGGAGAUGAGCUCCCUCCUUUCUCUGGUCCUGUGAUUUUCUGACAACCCCAGCUGGACAACAAGAAUGCCUGCCGCUGAUCACGCUCGCUCCAUCGUGCCUCGAUGGACGCUCUAUCCAGGGUGUCCCAGCCUCAGAGAAGCCCAGCAGGAGCCAUUCAUCUACUCCCCUGGGUGCCAGGUGCAGCGGAAGUUUGAGGCACCUUGGCUGGGAGCCCAUGGCGAAACCCGGCUGUGGCUGAUGUCUCUCCAUCCUCAAUGGGCAGCUACAGCUGCUGGAGGGGAGGUGCCGCAGCGGGGCGUGGCCUGCAGGGUGACUGAAGUUCUCUCCCACCCCGCAGUGAUGGAAACUUGCUGGGAUGGAAGCGAACCUUCACCCAAGGUGGCCAAGUACAGCAACCACGAAGCAGGAAAAGUGGGAGGGACCGCAGGAGGAGAUUCUGUCCCAGGUACUAGAGAUACAGUGAAGAGUGGUUUUCAUAAAGUCCUGCUCUGGUGGGGUUUGCUUCCGUGGAGGAGAAACGACAAGCAGAGCAACCGCCCAUCAAAUGGUGUCUGUGGUUCAGACUCAUUUGAGUUUUUAACAGAUCUGUACAGAAUGCCCAGGGCCCAUAUGCUGCAAACGCUCACCCUCUGCUGGACAAGUGGCUGUGUAGGAAGAGGCCUCCCCAUUAGUGGCACUGGGCUUCAGCAGUUCAGGGUCAACCCUGGGGUUCUAACGUAA